UAUUUAGAAUUUGCACCAGUUGGAGAUAUAUGGAAAUUCCUAAAGAUGAAGAUGAGCUGCGAUAUGCUAUAUGGAGUGUAUUUAAAAGUGUAAUGAUCCUUCACGCAAAUGAGAUUGUUCAUCGGGACAUUCGUUGGGAAAACGUCAUGAGACUUACAGAUAAUAGUUGGGUUUUAAUUGACUUUGAAGAAGCUGCUCCAAUUGGAAGAGGUAACCGAAGGACACCUAUAUUAAAUAUUGCGGCUCCGGAAUAUAGAGGUAUGGAAUCCGAUCCAUGCCGAGCAGCAGGUGAUAUCUGGAUGAUUGGAAACCUUUUGAACGAUUUAAGAAUUCUUCAAAUUCAGCUUUCUGUAAGAGCUAGAAAUUUUCGGGAUAGAUUGACACAACAAAAUCAUGAUGAAAGACCAUCUGCAGCAGAUGCCAUUGAUGACGACCGGUUUAGCGAUAUGUAAAGAGGGUAUCAAAAUGAUGUAAUAUGACAAUUGCUUGACAAACAAAAAAUUAAUAUGCAAUGAAAAUCGCAU